AUGGUGCAUAUUCGUUCUCUGCUAGCCCUUGCGGCGCUUGAGGCCUUCUCGACCGCAGCCCCUACUUCUUCUCCCACUGUUGUUCGAGCAUCGACAGGCUACUAUCAAGGCCAGAUCGACGCGAACUUCACCAAUGUGCGAGAAUUCCUGAGUGUACCAUUUGGUCAAACCACAGCCGGCUCCAAUCGAUGGAUGCCACCAAAGGCUGUGCCUAUGUCCAGUAACACCUUCAAUGCUACUGCAUAUCCGCCAGCUUGCCCACAAUACGUCUCUGCUAUCCCUACGAUCUGGAACCAGCAGAUCCCGCAGUACUUGCAAUACUGGGGUAAUGCCAACAACUCUGCUGGAGAGUCGGCAGUAUUCGCCUCUGAAGACUGCUUAAAGCUUGCGAUCUGGACGCCGGCAAAUGCUACUGCUGGCUCGAACCUACCGGUGGCUUUGUUUUGGACUGGCGGUGGCUUCCAGACCAAUGGUAUCUUGGUACCUGGUCAACUUCCUCAGCGAUGGGUCUCGCUAUCUCAGAGCCACAUUGUCGUCACGAUCAAUUACCGCAUGAAUAUUAUGGGUUUCCCGAACGCAGCAGGUCUGUACGACCAGAACCUAGGCCUGCUUGACCAGCGUUUGUCACUGGAGUGGGUCAGAGAUAACAUCCCGUACUUUGGUGGUGACGCAUCGAAGAUCAUGAUUUGGGGCCAAAGUGCAGGCGCCGCAUCGGUCGACUACCACAACUACGCUUUCUGGGAUGACCCGAUCGCUCAUGGCAUCUUUGCCGAGUCCGGUAACGCUAUUAUGGGUUCUCCAUGGCGCGAUAACAGCAAUUUCACCUUCGUUGCCCAAAACCUCGGCUGCAACUAUUCAAACAAUGCUUCGCAAGAACUCGCUUGCAUGCAACAGGUCGACUACAACAAGAUUAUCAAUUUCAUGGGCCAAUAUCAAGACAACUCGACCUUGGUCAACCCAAAGCAGCCAAGUAUCACCUUCAGCACUGUCGCAGAUGAGCGAGUAGUCUUCCACAACAACACCGUCCGGUACGAAGAAGGCUUCGUCAGCAAGAUCCCCAUCAUAUACUCCAGCGUAGCGAAUGAAGGUGGAAGCCUCCAACCCUAUCCAGUGAACAACCCAUACAACGGCACCAACCAAUCCCUCGCCAAUUCCAUCACAGAAUCCCUCAGUCUCUGCACAGGCGCCACCUCCACCCAACUCCGCCACAGCAUCGGCCUCCCCACCUUCCGCUACCAAUACGCCGGCAAUUGGUCCAACCAAGACCCUCUGCCCUGGAUGGGAGCCUUCCACAGCUCCGAUCUCGUCAUGCUAUUCGGCGCUUACACCGACGGUGAAGGUCCCUGCUGCGAGCCGCUGGAGGCCGAGACGAGUAAGACGAUGGGUGAGUAUAUCCUGGCUUUCAUGCGGGAUCCGUGGAAUGGGCCGCAGACGAAGGGAUGGUAUCCUAUGGAUCCUACGGCGGAUAACGGAGGGACGAUGUUGAGGUUUGGGGCUGAUGGGAAGGCGGUGCAGAAUGUUACGGGCUAUGAGGUCGAGGGGGUGUGCUUUGGGACGAACACGUAUAACCCUUUCCCGUAG